GGCCGCCCCUCGACUGCUGCGGAUCGGGAGCGCGCCCGGCUGCUUUUGGCAACCCUGUGCCGCCUGUAGGUUGCUUUCCCGCCCCGGCCUUAGUUGUCGCCCGCGAGUUUCUCUGCGUUCAGCACGGCAAGCGAGGCCGGGAGCAAGAAGCGAGGGCGGGGCCGUCAGGCAGAACUCACUCCCAACCAGAACCUCCCGACAUCGCACGCGGCUUUGCCGUCCCCUCCGCAGACACCGCUGCCUCUUUCUGCGGGCUGCGGUCUCGGGUGCUGGACGGCGCAGCCUGGUUCCUUCUGCCCUCUCCGUGAGCAUCCAUCCCCGGUGCGGUAAAGUUGGCUCGCCGAGGGAAAUAAGCUCAGAGAGAAAGGCAGCUCGGCAGGUCUUGCCAGCGGGCUGCUUCCGAGGAUGGAACCGGCCGCGUAUGGAGCUGGCAAAGCCGGAGGCGCCUUUGACCCCCAGACCUUCAUCCGGCAACCCCACACGAUCCUCCGGAUAGUUUCUUGGCUUUUUUCCAUUGUUGUAUUUGGCUGCAUUGUGAAUGAAGGCUAUUUCAACCAACCCAACACACCAGAACAGUUCUGCAUCUACAAUCGCAACCAGAAUGCCUGCAACUAUGGUAUCACCGUGGGAGUCCUUGCAUUCCUCACUUGCCUUCUUUACUUAGCCCUAGAUGUCUACUUCCCACAGAUAAGCAGCGUCAAGGAUCGCAAGAAAGCUGUGCUUUCAGACAUUGGAGUAUCUGGCUUUUGGGCGUUUCUCUGGUUUGUCGGUUUUUGUUUCUUGGCUGACCAAUGGCGUGUUUCGAAAGAAGAGGAUAGUCCACUGAAUGAAGGAUCAGAUGCAGCCCGAGCAGCCAUUGCCUUCUCUUUUUUCUCCAUCUUCACUUGGGUGGGCCAGUCUUUUCUGGCAUUCCAGCGAUAUCAACUUGGAGCGGAUUCAGCACUCUUCUCCCAGGACUACACAGAUCCAAGCCAGGAGGCCGGCAUGCCUUAUGCACCCUACACAAAUGAGGAUAUCACAGAUAGCAUGGCGACCUAUCAGCAGCCCCCUUCCGCAGAUGCUUUUGAUGCUGGGACACAGGGGUACCAAACGCAAGACUACUGAAAGCUGUUGGAGACCUCCUAUUUCCCUUCCCUCUACCCACUCUCUUCUGCCACUGAGAAGUCAGCGUGCAAAGCAGACCAGAGCAACAGGUGACUUUUGGCCCGUUCUGGCCUUCUAGGUUCUCUUUUUUUAUUUCUUCUUUACAGAAAAUGCCUCCUCCUCCUCCAAAAUUCUCCAUCAUAACUAGAUUGCUCAUUGCAAAACAUUUUAUUGUUCGUACUGCAGUGAUAGAUACUUUGUAUGGGAAGCUCAAGCUGUCUUUCAGAGGGAAAGAAUCUCAAGAUGUUGUGGAAAGCAUAAGCACUGCGAUGUGGAUGAAUACUAGUUAAGAUGCCAGUGCGUAAAUGUAAGUGCUGAGAAAUGAGAAUAAGAACUAGACAGAUGAGUAGAGCAUCCUAUAAACAAGUAGUGAAAGUGGGCAAGCAAAGGUGAUUGCUAUACAUAGCAGGAAAGAAAAAUAUAGAGAUGGUAAACAGAAAAGGAUCUCAGGUAGGUGAGAAUGGAAUCAUAAAGUGUUGGAUGUGGAGUCUACAAUAAGCCAGAUUGGAUUUGAUAAUAGGGAGCUUUAAAAUAUCCCGGAUUUUCAUGAAAUACUAAAAUGUUUUGUUUUGUGCACUCUAUUAUUCUUUUCAUUUUAUGUGCUUCAGGUUGAUAAUACGUGGUUUCCUUCACAAACUGUUCCACUGUUUGAUCACUUGCAGUUGGUUUUUUGGAGAAUUGAGAAGUAUUACAUGAUUCUCUGAUCAAGUUCAAAAAGCAAAAUGUUAAAUACAGGCUGAAAAAUGAGACACAGAGUGGUUAAAUUUGUUUCUGAAUAUGAGGCAGCUGUUUACAACAGAAUCACGUCUGUUCAUUCUACUGUAGGUUAAACCAAAUCUGAUGAAGUGGCUUUGUUUAAUUGACAAAACAGCAUAUGAGAAGAGGCCCAAUCACAAUCCACAAAAUUUAAAUUAACUAAAUGACCGAUAAUUUCAUUCAAUUAUUUUUUUCUCCAAAAAUGGUUUAUGAAGACAAGUGUGCAAAUUAUGACCAUGAAAUCUCCUUCAAAUUCAGACUCAUAGUUAAUAAAUUGUCAUCAGGUUUCUAUUAUGCAAAUCACAAUUCAAUUGGAAAAAUAAUGAGUGCCAAUAUUGGAAAAUCCUGUGACAACACAACCAUAUUGAGAUGUAGCUCAAGUACCACUGAACAAAAUUACCUGUAUCAGUGGACAAUCCUCUUUUCCAGUUGUUUCUUUUUAAAUAAAGCUGAUUUCCAAUUGGAGAAAUGCCAAUGCUGAUAAAAUUAUAGUGAGUAGAGGAACUCUAAUGAGGAAUGGACAUAAAAAUAAGCAAAAAUAGCUCUGAAUAAGACGAUACUUCUGCCCAGGAUGUUAUAUUGAACUCAGUGUUGGGGAUGUCAGGAUAAACAUAACUUCAAUGCAGUGGAAAUGAAUUACUUAAGAAAUGUAUGAGGUAAAGCAUGGUCAGGAAUAGAUAGAAAAUGAAUGUGGACUGAAUAUAAAAGUGAGUCACCAGUAUUGUACAAAAGAAGUAUAUUGAAAUGGUUUGGCCCUAUAAAAAGAACGAAUGAAGAUUGAUUUGCAGACUAAAUACAUGAAGAAAGAGUGUGUUGAGAGGUAGAGGAAGACCAAGAAAGUUAUGUGGAAUGAAACUCAAAUUCUCCUAAGGAGAGAAGUUUCUUUUUCUUAUCUCAUGCCUUAACUUUCUUCAGUAUACUAUUUCUUGCUUCUUUACUGCACUGUUCAUUAUGUCGAUUAACCCAAAAGGGAAUAAGUGUGAUGGAUACAUAAUAUAUGUAUACUAUUCAUAUAUUCAUGAUUCAAGCAAUUAAUAGGAUAAAUAAGGAACAACUGAUACAAGUCUAAUCAGACAAAGGAUUAUUCAGAAGUAAACUCCAUCUUGUUCAAUGGGACUUGCUCCAGUGAAUUGUGUCUAGAAGUUUAAAAAUAUUUAUUCAUGAAUUUCUAAAGAAAAGUGCUAGGACCAAAUGUUGUCUGGAAACCACAUUCAUUGUAUUAAAUGAUAAUGUCUUACAAAAAAACAUUAACAUUUUGUAUAGAGUGUAACAAAACAGAAUUCUUCUAUCUUUUAAGCUCGUGUACAGUGGUCAGAGCUAAGAAAAUACCAUUAAGUUGUAUACCAACAACAUUUGUAAAAAAGCUCAUCUACUCUUAGUGGUAUGUUACCCAAAGUAACUCCAAAAGUUAUUGAUUUGCAAGUUGCUAGUACAAAUAUCUGCCCAUCUUUCCUUAACCAUCUCUUCAUUCAGCAAGCUUUUACUGGCCAUUUCUCCUCUAAAGGAAACCAUAGAAUUAUUUUCAUUUAAGAGGUUUGCCUUAGGUAUACAAAGAUCACAACAUUUAGUGGAAUAAGCCUGUUGCUAAGCAAUACAAAACAAUAAGCCAAAAGUGAAGGUGCAGUAUUCAAUCUCAAUACUCAGCUAAUUUCCAAAAUCAUAUUUUCUUAAUUGUAUGUCAGAAAGCCAAAGAUGGAUCUUUGUCAUGAUGGCUGUGCAUGAUAGGAACUGUAGUUCAAAUUAUGCUCCCACAUUGCCCUUAUUCUGAUAUACCUACACAUAAUCUUCCCAAUAUCACAGCAGUUCAUCAUCAGGGCCACUGUAUAAAAUAAAGUCAUGCAUCAUUUGAAAUGCCAUUUGACUAUGGGCAUCCACAAUGGGACAUGUCAAAAUCUGCAAGAUGGCAGACGCAGUAUUGCAAUUUUUUUUUAUAUGGCAAGUAAGUGUGCAUACAAAAGGAUCCCAACAUUACACCUGCCUUCUUGCGGAUAUUGACCUCUUUCCCCAGUGGAUAUUGCAGCUUUUGACCUUCUCUGCUUUUAUUAAAUCAAGCUGGUAUAAACAGACAGUUCUUGCACAAAGAGGAAAAAAUCUCCAUAUAAUUAGUUCAGGCUUUGAAAGCAGAGAGAAAUUAAAUGAAAAGAAACGCACACUGGGGUGUUUGGUUUUCCCCUCAUGUGUGGUUUGUAUGAUGGUUUUUGUAUGUAGAGUGACUUCAGUAUGUUUUCUAUUGUCUAUUUUUCUCUAGAAAUACACUGUGAGGAGGGUGAGGCUACUAGGCAGCAUUAAGAGGAUGCGAUCAUCUGUAGCAGGAGUCUCCAAACCUUGGCAACUUUAAGAUUUGUGAAGUUCAACUCCCAGAUUCCUCAGCCAGCGAAGCAACUCUGGGAGUUGAAGUCCACAAGUCUUAAAGUUGCCAAGGUUGGAGACCCCUGAUCUGUAGCACUGAAGCACAAAGAACUUGGUCCUCUUAUAGUUCCAGGUGAAAGCAAUAUUGUAUAGGAUUGAGUGGUGGGGUGGGAUUUUCUUUUAAAGCCUCUGUUAUUGGAGUAGCCUUAUAUUUAGGCAUAUGGGAAAGGGGAGCAGGGGGUUCUUACUAAAUGAGGCCAGGGGUGCUUGAUUAUAGAAUUGGACGGGUGGCUAGAAAAUCUAGUGGUGUAGAAUUGCGAAGCUUUGUGAAUGUCACUUGCAUGCAUUCAUGUCAAGUUCACCUAGCAAAAACGACAGCUGGGUUUUGGCUUGUAGGAUAGGCCUAGCUACGUUAAACUCUCUAUUUAGAAACUGAACUCUAAAUUCUUGUAGUAAUGGACAUUAAUUCAUGCCACUUUUUCUUUCCCAUAUGGAUAUAAUUUUAAAUCCAAAAAGGAGCUUACCUCAGCCAUUCAGUAUCUAUUACAAAGUCUAGAAAAGGGGCAAAGUCUGACAAUGAUGAAAAUGUUAGCUCAUUUCUGUCAUCCUGCAAACCAGGAUUGCAGUUAAUGGUAUUGAAUCUUUCACUUUAUAAUAAACAUUAUACUCUUAGACAGGGGUGAAAUGCUGCCAGUUCGGACCGGAUCACCUGAUCCGGUAGUGAUGGUAGUGGGUGGUUUGGAGAACUGGUAGCAAAAAUCCCUGCAGCCCCCCAUGCCCAGCUGAGUGGCGCGAUCAUCAGAAGUUUGUGGCUUUUUUUACUUUUAAAAGCAUUUUUUCUUGGGCCGAAAAAAUGCUUUUAAAAGUAAAAAAAAAGCCUCUGAUGAUUGCGCGGCUCAGCGGGGAUCGUCUGAACCUUUUAAAAGCAUUCUUUCUACAACCUCUUUGGCCGAAGAGGCUGUAAAAAAAUGCUUUUAAAAGGUUCUGGUGAUCAGGCAACUCAGCUGGGAUCGUCAGAACCUUCGGCCAAAAAGGUUGUAGAAAAAAUGUUUUUAAAAGGCUCCUCUGGCGAUCCCAGCUGAGUUGCCUGAUCAUCAGAGGCUUUUAAAAGCAUUUUUUCUACAACCUCUUCUGAGAACAACUUCUCAGCUGAAGAGGUUGUAGAAGAAAUGCCUUUAAAAAUAAAAAAAUAAAAAAGGUGGCCAUGCCCACUCAGUCACAUUACCCACCACCACCACCAAGCCACGCCCACAGAACUGGUAGUAACAAAUUUUACACUUCACUCCUGCUCUUAGAUCUGGCCAUGGCCAAUUUCUGUCUUAAAUCAUCUUUCUUACAAAAAAGUUCAAUAAUGAUUCUUUUUGUGUUCUUUUUUGAAACAUUUUCUGUUUCAUUCAAAGAGGAUCAGAUGUCAGUCUGGCUUACUUCCAUUUAAUUCCAUUUAAUUGAACAUACGCAGACAGUAACACUGGCUACUACAUAAUGCAAGCCUUUUAUUUGAACAAUACAAGGGUUUUCUGUAGAAAAAGUCCACCAUCAAGGGAGACAUUUUGGCUACUCAGAAGCUAUAUUUAUUUAUAUAUUUAUAUGGCUGCCCAAUUUGCAAAAAUGCAACUCUGGGCAACCAAUAACCAUAAAAUAAAUAGUCAUCCUCCCUGACAAAGGCCCAGUAACAAGAACAAUCCACACAAUUGGGGCAUAAAGCAUAUGCUUCCUCCCAGCAGGAAGAGUUCACUGUUAUCUCACUGAACUCAGCAUUGUGAUGAUUGCUCUUUGAUACACCACUGGAAUCUUUGCAUUAAUUUCUGACACAAGAUUGCAGUCAUUUCAUGCUGAAUUAUAAAGCAACUGAAUUACCUCAGUGUUUAGCUCAGUUUCCACAUAAAGCGUCAGGAAUGGAUAACACUUAUGCAUAGAGGUCAUGCUCAAUGAGUUGUCACUUAAGUUAGCUUCCUGGCAGAUGGCUCUGCCUCUUUAGAACCAUACAUAUGCCCUUUACGCUAAUGUAUUCCUUGUAGGGCAAUUCUAGUAUAAUUUGGCUGCUUGAACUAAUGUGAAACAGUUUGGAAAUACAAUAUUGGCCUGAAACAUUGCAUUAUAUUUCUGAAGUUUCAGUUGUUAUCUUCCUCAGAUUUUAAUUGUUCAGAGGGAAUAUAAGCCACAUAAAUGUUGACAAUUAGAUUGAUCAGCAUAUAGGGAUUUCCUUGUUUAAUGAUAUAUUUGUUUAUAUCUACACAACUUCUGAGCCACUGCAGAGAGAAAGAAAGAUGACCUUGACAGAGAUGUGCAAGCUCCAUUACCAAAGCAAUGAGGGGUGAAGCGUAUCUUAAAUCUACAGUAAAUAGUAUUUGACUAAGAUAGACACCUCCCUAAUUCAUUGGAGUGUAAGGAGGAGGUGCAGUACAAUCAGACUUGCAAGAUUCUGUUAUUAUAGCCAACCACAAUAAAAGUAAUUUUAGCCUUCCUGUGGAAUUGAGUUCCUAAUCUGGUCUAUCUGGUGAGGUUUAAAACCCCCAAAGUAAAUAUCCGUUCAUCCAGAUGAAGAAGAUCGCUAGGCAACAGUAUAGGUUGUUUACUGAGGUGAGUUGUCUUAUAUUGCUAUAGAGCUGUGUGUAGCCUAAGGUUGGCUUUAAUUUUUUUGCGCCCAGCAAAUAGGGAAGUACUUGCAUACAUAUCUCACCUGAAGACCAUUAUCAUUUUGAUGUACAACUAAGGAAGAAUGGAUAUCCAGUCCAAUUAUUUAUUAUUGAAUACUGAAAUCAAACUAAUAUUUCUCUAAUCUUCGUAUUUUUCCCUAGUUAUUUUCAAUAAUAGUGGACAAUGGUUCUUGGUAUUAGAUGCUGCUAGAUCUCUGUACAUUCCCAAGCAUGAUUUCAGAUGCAACUUUUGGUGAUCUUAUGAAAUUAAGCUGGAAGAGAGUAAGAAAUCAUAGGCCAGUUCAUUUUACAUCAUGCAAUACAUACAGUUCUGACAAUCUCUUUGUCCCAAAAUCAUUGACUCAGGAGUAUAUCCUUAAUCUAUUGCAUUACUGCUGUGUAUAAUAUAUAUAUAUUAUAUAUAAAGAUGUAUAAUAUAGAACUCUAUAUACAUACAUAUACACAUAUCUGGCAAUGAAAGAGUGGCUUGCUCCAUAUAGGAUCCCCCAAAUAUUCAGUGAAUUCUUAGCUCCACUCAUUUUAUCCUCUUCAGUGUAUCUCCUCCUACCAACUAAUAGAAGAAACCCUGACCUCUUGGCACCUCUGUUUAUGACAUCCUAUAUGUUUGUGGUUAUUUAAAAAAAAACAAGUGAAGGUGAUAAUUACUGAUAUCUUAUCAAUAAAAUUGUUACAUUGAAAAUUGUAA